AUGGCACUCCUCUACCUCUUCCUCCAGAGUCUCGUGGGGACUUUGAGCGCUAUCGGAGCCUCUUACUUGUUGAUGUAUCGGCGAAAAGACUUCCAAGAGUUAGCAGGUAAGAUGAAGGAGGAUUAUGUAAUUCUGGAUAAGAUUGACAGUUUUGUCAUCAUCACAGAGGCACAACGCCUGCAGAAGGAGCAAGUAGUCAAGCGCCUUGAAGUGUUAUCGGCCAAGCUUACACGUAUGAAGUGGACCUCUUGGAUCGGGACGUACAUUAUUAGCGCUGUUAUCCUCCGUUUAUUCAACAAGCUACUCUCUGUGAAGAACGAUACACUGGGGGGCUACCUUCCUUUUUACUUUCCCCUAUCUGUCCCGCCUUUCAGUCGCUUUCUGCAACGUGGUCUUCCCGAAGGCCAUGAUCCCAGUGCAGUAUCCGCUUCAGUUAUUGUGCUUCUUCUGAACCAGGUGUUGCGUCCUGCUCUUCUAAAGUUGGCCAAGUGUGAGAUUCCCGCUCAGAUGGCCCCUAGAAAUGCGGGAAAGCGGAUGUUUGGAGGCACUCUAAUGGCACCGGAAGACGACGCUGCUAUAUUUACAUAG